AUGGAAUUGCAGGCUCUCUAUUCAUCUCUGCCUCUCAAGGAUGGAGAAAUUCGUCUUUUGACCAUCCUUCCAGACGAAUGGGCUGCUGAUAUCCGCUGCAAGAUCAGCGUCGUCUCCCUCGACGAUACCCCGGAAUAUGUCGCUCUCUCAUAUGUCUGGGGAGGGCCUCUCCAGGAUGGUACUUUGCAUAUCAAUGACCAUGAGCAACGCAUCGGACGCAGUUUAGAGACCGCCCUUCGCUACUAUCGUCGCACUGGAUGGAGCAUGCCGCUUUGGGCUGACGCUGUCUGCAUUAACCAGGCCGAUGUCGCAGAGCGCUCUUCUCAAGUUUCUGUUAUGGAUCUUAUUUACUCUUCUGCUAUCACAGUAUUCGUCGUUCUUGGAUCUGGCAUCGAUUUAGCUGCUGACGACUACUUUCAAAAAGUGAAAGCGCUGCACAACUUUCGCUUUAGCAUUCAUGGCCAAAAGCAUUUUGAAGCGUAUUUACCUCCUCAAUGGGAUAUCGGUGACUCUGGAGUAACAUUGGAGAACGAUGAAAAGAGUUUGAUCCUUUUUUCCUUCCUAGAAAGGGCUAUUAGCUUAAAGAUCAACGACCACCUGGGUACUGUGCCUCAAUGGGGAGGGACAUUUGAUGGGUCAGAAGACUCGCAAUAUCCUUGGCAGACUCUGAUCCAGACGUUUGAAGAAUUCACCCAAGAACCGUGGUGGGAUCGCGUAUGGACUCUACAAGAGAGCGUGGUUGGAUUUUCGCCCAUCUUCAUCUAUCGAACGGCCGCAGCUCCGUGGGAUAUGAUAAAGGAGGCAGCCAUCGGCAUACGUGUUCACAUAACCGAUUGCUGUACCCCAUAUUUAACCAACGACGCUCCGCCGAGAUAUGCUUCUGCUGUGAAGCGUCUGCUUUUUCAUGUUGACAGCAUUGAAAAGACGCGUCAAAUCUACUCAAAACUUCGAUAUGGAGCCAAAGCUGACCAGUCUGUUCUGACAUCGCUCUUACCGAGAAGAGACUUUGAGGGACGAGACGCCACCGAUAUUCGGGAUAAAGUCUAUGCUCUUCUGUCUCUUAUCAAACUUGGAAAUAAUCACUCCUUUAUCUAUCCCGACUACGGUAGGGGAUUAGAAGAUGUCUACAUCAAUACAGCAAGGAUGAUUGUUCAAGAGUCUGGCUCGCUCGACCUCCUGUCAGCAGCCGGACGGCUGCGGAACGACAACUUCCCCUCAUGGGUACCAGAUUGGUCUAUAAGGAACGAGUUUUAUGAAGAUGAAACUCAGAUCAAUGCACUGUUAAUGUAUGAUGCUACUUUUGGAACAAAACCAUCGGUCUGGUUUCCUGAAAAUAACAAUACCCUACUCCAGGUGGAAGGCGUUAUUUUAGACAAUAUCGGAUCUCUUGGUCAAAGGGUCCCAGAAGGACCUAGUGAUGAGGCCCUGUGGCAAGCAAUCUUUCAGUGGAUGCAACUGGCUCAUAAUAAUUCCCCAAACACGAAAUGGGCGGACUUUUGCAGGACUAUCUGUACCGACUUGACCAUAUGGCCUGCGGACCAGGUUUUCCGUCGCAUGGGUCCUCUGACUAAAGAAAUGAGCCAAUCCAUUAUGCCUUGGCGAGAGCCAGUCUCUGGUAGAUAUAGCAGAGAUAUGCCCCCAGAACAGCUUAUACAGCCAUCAGUAGAGCAAAUGAAGGCUUGGUUUUCGGUGUGGCAUAUGAUCCUAGGGGGACAGGCGGCGCAAGGGAUGAGAUCUAUGGCACCGCCCCCGAGGAUGGAAGACUUUUUAAAACUCACCACUGCUUUCAAAAAGUUUGCGGUGUCAUCCGAGGGGCAUAUUGGGCUCGUCCCCAAUAACUCAGAAACGGGAGAUUGCAUUAUCUUCUUCAAAGGGUGUUGUUUCCCUUGUGUAGUGAGACCAGUUGUUAACAACACGAACGGGUUCAGGGUUGUGGGCGAUUGUUAUAUUGACGGCUUCAUGGAUGGCCAGAUUAAAGACUUCAUGACGUGGCAGACAUCCGGGGGCGAUUAUAAUUGGGAGCCCAUCAUUUUAUGCUAA